AUGGGAUUUCUCGAUAACGUUAAGGCUUUUGUUCAUUCCAUUACUACUAAUGACCAUUAUGCCUCUUACGAUUCACCUUACAGAACACAAGAAAACGGUGAUGAUACGUUCACUGGCACUUCAGUUGGGUCACACCCCAACGGUUCAGCCAUAAAUUUGAAUGCCGAUAUGAAUGCAUCGAGGCUGUCAUUGAAUGAUUCUACAGCUGCUGGCUUCUAUAGACCCGGAUUACGAUCAUCACAGAGCCAGUUAGGUCAAGAUGUUCAACUUCAGAACUUUGAUGCUAAUGGAUUACCUCCAUUACCUUCAAUAGACUCGUUAUGGGAUCGUAUUGAACAUUGGAUUGAUGAAGAGUACCCAGAGUUGGAGGAUAAUUUAAAUGACGGUGUCACUUCAGCCGAUUUGAAUGAGUUUUUACAAGAUUUGAAAUGUGGUUCAAGAAGCCUACCUGAGGAUUUUAGACAAUUUUAUAAAAGACACGAUGGACAAUUGAGGGGAGGCAAGCCAACAGGCUUGAUUAUGGGGUUGGUGUUGUUGGAUUUGGAGAGUAUUGUGGAGGAAAAUAUAUUAUGGAACAAAGUUGCUGAAAGAUUAGAAAAACAACAAUAUAUGGCCCAACAUCAACAGAAACAAAAUGAGUUGAAGGAAGGAAGCCUGCUGCAACACCAAAGACAAGGCGGCACUUUUAUUACAAAUCAGAGGUCUAUCCCACCAAAUUCAAUACAACCAUACUACUACAACAAGGGGUGGGUAAUAUUGUUAAAAGAUAACAUUGGAAAUCAGGUUGCCAUGGACUUGAAUCCUGGACCAAAUGGUACGUGGGGCCAAAUUAUCUUGUUUGGACGUGACUUUGAUACAAAGUUGGUUAUUGCUCACAGUUUACAAGAAUUUGUUUUUGAAUUUACUAGUGAUUUAGAGUCGGGAAAUUUCUUGAUUGAUUCCAGUGAGUAUCGAGAAGAAUUGGGAUUUUUAUCACCAGAAAGAGAUGGCGAUUUCAUGAUCGGUGAUGAAGAUGAGAAUCAAGGUGAAUUAAGCUUUUACGACAGAAAUGGCAAAGAAUUUGGUAAAGAUGGAGUGAGAGGAAGACCAGGUUACAUUGAGGUAUUGAAGAAGAGAGCAUUGAAAAAGUACGGAUUGACUGGGAAUUUUCAAACCGCUUAUCAACCGCCCAAGCCAGUUAAAAAAGUCCAUGAAUCAGGUAAAAGCAGUCCAUAUUUAAAUCAAUCGAGAAGCGGUUCAAACGUAAAUUUGAGAACACCGCACUCCAAAAACAACUCAUCCACGAGCUUGAGUACUAAUCAGGGAAAGAACAAACCGGCUGUGUCAAGUCCCUUGGUUAACCUUGAUAACAAUUCAAGCUCAUUCACUAUACCAAAGGAAACAAUCAUUGAUGGCAAACUGAAACAAGAACCUCUGAAGGUUGAGAUUCCAGCUGGAAACGAGGAACCAAAAGGAAAGCCCUUGGAAAACGACUUUCAAGAAUUGAAUAUCAAUGAAAACAAUGAGCAAGAAAAGGACAAAGCUGAUUCAAACUUGAAACAAGAUGUCAAAAUUACAGAAAAUGAACCAGUAUUAUUAGAAUCAGUAUCAGACUUGAAUGAUAAAACACCAAAAGCAGACGAAAAGGAAGAAGAAGUACCCAUCAAGGUAGCUGAGGCAGAAGUUUCCUCAACAAAAGUUGACUCAACCGAGAAUGAUGUGAUUGCCGAAAAUGGUGCCAAUGCCGAGGAAGACGAACUCGAAGUCGAAGAGACUGAAGAACCAAGUCUUGAAACGGAAAGCGAGACUAAACCAUUGACGAAAUCACAGAAAAAGAAACAAAAGAAGAAGGGUAAGAAAUAG